UCGACAUCAUGAGUCUGUAGCAUCAUGUAUCAAUAGAAAGCAUUUGCAUUUGCCGGAGUCUCUCAUUUCCUUUUCCUUCUCCGUGAUGGAUCGCCAUCAGCGUAUUGUUGCGCAAGUUGCCUCAAAGGUGAAAGACUACUUCGUACGUAAGGAGCCGUUCAGGAUAUCACAUGGCUCGACCAACUCCACGCGUCCGAAUCUCAAGAAGCGGGUCGUCGAUAUCAGUGGCCUGAAAAAUGUUGUCAAGGUUGAUAAGCAGACGCGUACGGCUCUUGUAGAGCCCAACGUGCCGAUGGACAGGCUCGUUGAGGCUACUUUGCCACAUGGCUUGGUACCGCCCGUCGUGAUGGAGUUCCCUGGUAUCACAGUAGGAGGAGGCUAUGCAGGCACGGCGGGCGAGAGCAGUAGUUUCAAGUUUGGCUUCUUCGACCGGACAAUCAAUGAGGUCGAGAUGGUCAUGGCGGAUGGUGAGGUUGUCAAGGCAUCUGAGAAGGAGAAUGCGGACCUCUUCCGUGGAGCUGCUGGCGCAGUCGGCACGCUUGGAGUCACCACGCUGGUCAAUCUUCGGCUCAUAGAAGCAAAGAAGUAUGUAAAGACGACCUACUACCCGACUAGGAGCAUAGCGCAAGCUGUCAAAGAGGUCCGUGAACACACUGAAGGCGAGAGCGGUGAGAAGAACGACUACGUGGACGGUAUCUUGUUCUCCAAAGAUCAUGGCGCCAUCGUUACUGGCGAGAUGACUGACCACCUACCACCGAACAUCAAACCCCAAACCUUUUCUCACGCUCUGGAUCCCUGGUUCUACCUCCAUGUUGAAGAAGCAACGCGCUCAUCUGACAAGCCUGUGAUUGAGUACAUCCCGUUGGCCGAGUACAUGUUUCGAUACGAUCGCGGUGGCUUUUGGGUCGGAAGGUCUGCAUUCAACUACAUGAAAUUUCCGUUCAACAAGUUUACCCGCUGGUUCCUGGAUGACUUCUUACACACGCGCAUGCUGUAUCGAGCUUUGCACGCCAGUGGAAUCGCGACACGUUACAUUGUCCAGGACAUGGCUCUUCCCUAUCCCAACGCCGAGAAGUUCAUCGACUACACUGAAAAGGAGUUCAACAUCUGGCCAAUCUGGCUCUGCCCAUUGAAGCAGAGCGAGCAGCCCACUAUGCAUCCACACACCAAAGGCGAGCUGAAAGAUACACAAAUGCUCAACAUCGGCCUCUGGGGCUUUGGACCCCAGGAACCGCAGCAGUACCUCAGCAAGAACCGCGCGCUCGAGAAGACACUGGGUGAAAUGGGCGGCAUGAAGUGGUUGUACGCGCACACCUACUACAGCAAGGACGAGUUCUGGUCGCAGUUCGAUCGCCAGUGGCACGAGGGUCUGCGGACGAAGUACAAUGCCGGUGGCCUGCCCGACGUGCACGACAAGGUUCACGUCGACAUCCAGAAGUACACAGACAUGGCGCAGAAGGACUGGGGCAUGCGACUGAAGAAUGUUUGGCCGCUGGGCGGACUCUGGGGCAUCCACAAGAGUAUUCAGAGCAAGGAUUACAUGAUCCACCGCAAUUCGACAUGGAAGUGGAAGAGACUAGGCGCUUCGAGGAGAUGGUGGUGGUGGUGGUAGAUACGUCAAUGUGUAAGAUUACGGGAGUGAAGAAGUACAAAGCCUGAAUGUUUGGAAACUACAACUUCGUAGAAGCAACCAGCAGCGUUACAGACAUAAGAUAUAAGAGUUGCGGAUGGGAACAGCCGGAUGUCUGUUGAUGACCAUACACCUUUGUGGUUGACGACAGGAACUUGUUUGUG